GGAUCAUGUAGUGGAUCCAUCCUUGGCUCUGCUGCACGCCGAGGCCUCGCCACUCCUCCUCGGACAUGAGGUGCGAGGCGGGCACCAGUUUGGACAGCUGCUUCGGACCAGGCCCAGGGCGAUAUGGGCUUCCUCCUACAAUUGGCUUUAUUGGCCAUGACUUCACUAAACAAACAAGUCCUGCAUAUUCCUUCCAUGGCAGGAUGAGCGACAGUAUGUAUUGUGUUGACAGCAGUCCGGGACCUCAGUAUCACAUUGACGCAAAGAUGACUCGCUUAGGGAGGGAUGGCACACCUGCGUACUCCAUGUUGGGCAGAACGAAAGCACAGAAGAGGCUCUUCCACACGCCUGGACCGGGCUCCUACAGCCCAGAAAAAGCCCCACUCUGUGGCCUCCAGCGUCAGCCCCCGUCCUACACCAUGGGCUCCCGCACGCAGUACCGCACCAUAGACUCCGUGCCCGCUCCGAACAAUUACACUCUCCCUCCGCUAAUGGGCUCUCACAUCCCAAACAAGCCGGCCGGUGCCAGCUACACAAUGUCGGCUGCUUUCAGCCAAGGCGGGCCUUCCGUGGAUCUCGCCAAGACGCCGGGGCCUUGCAGAUACAACAGCACACAUCCCAGCGUUUAUCUCCCCAGGCCGCCCGCUUUUUCAAUGUUGGGGCGCCACGGCGUAAAAAAAAAAGAUGGCACCGAGAAGCCCGGUCCUGGAACUUAUAAUCCAGAAAAAGUGACAGCGCACAAAGCUCGGGCCCCGGCCUUCUCCAUGGGGAUCAGGCACUCCGAGUUUGUCACCCCGCUGGUCAUCACCAUUUCGGAUUGAACAUCAGCCACAACGUAGGAACACCUGGACAAUAUAAUGACAUUCCAUACAAAAGCUGUAUCAGUUUCUACUUGAAUAAUUGUCCUCAUUCAAAGCAUGCAGCAACAUUUCAUACCUUUUAUUGUUUUCUGCAAGUAGUCCUCCCAUACUCAAAGGAUGAGUUUGUCCCUUUUUUGAUGUUGAAUCAUGUUUUUUUAUGCAAAAACUGUGUGCACCUGUGUGUCUUGCAAAUCAAACUUAAAUUUAAUUUUUUUUACCUUUGUCCACCAGAUGGUGUUAUUUUUCCCCAUUCAAACCCUGCAGCAAAAUUUCAACCCAAGUGUACAUGGUGUUAUGAACAGAUUAAAAAUCCCCCAAUUCUAAUUCAUAUUUUAUAUCUAUAUUUCAGGCCGUAGUGACUCCUUUAAAGUAGAAAACAAUAUUAACACAAAAUUAGGUAAUCUAAUGACAUCUAAUACAGGAGCGCUACCAACAAAUUUGUGUAUUUGUCCACCAGAUGACAUUACUUUCCACCAUUCAUAGCAUGCAGGAAAAUUAUUGCUUUUUUUCUGCAAGCGGGCCUUGCUGCUGAAAUGAUAAAUUGCUGUUGAAUAAUGGUGUGCAUGUAAAAAUAAAGUUUGUGUGCCUGUGUUUUUCA